AUGGUCCCACAUCCAAGAUCGGGAUCAUUCUCUCCGUAUCCUUCGCAAACAGUGCAGACCGGGGCUGGGCACUCGCCCCAUCCAUCGCAACCCUCCGCCUUGAGUGCGGGCGCAAGUCCAAGUACGAGUAGUCCGACAGGGCCCAAUCCCGUGGUCAAGAUCGCCGUCGCUCAAGUCUACCUCCUUUUGGGAGCUAUCAAGGAGGAUAAGGACCGCGCCAAGUGGGAGACGCAGGCAGAGCAAUUACGAAAGCUCAUCGAUGAACACGGAAUGGAGGUUUUCGCAAAGUACUUCACACGCCUCGUCGCGGCUCAUGCUGCACACAUCUUUCAUGGUCAACCGCGCCCCGGAGGCAACGGCAAUUUCCACCUACUCGUGAACGAGAUGAAGAAGAUUUCCCAUGAUGUGAAUCAGGCCAACAAGAUUGCCGAGUCCAUCGAGACGGGCACAGAAGAUAUAUUCCGCGACUUUGAUAUGUCAACUUUCAUGGAGGCUUUCAAGCUAGAUGCCCUGGAGAAAACGAUACUCGCAUUGGCUUUCAAGAUGGGAUCUAGGUCUGACCUCAAGACCAAAGCGGAUGCUAUCCUCUCAACCAACUUCCCCACCUUCGUCAACAUUCUUAACCAGCGAGGUCACGACGAACAUGCGGACCUAACCGAUACCUUCAUCGCCAUGCUUGUCGAUCGCUUCAUCCAAUAUCAACCUCCCAAUCUCAACGCCGCUGCGAAGGUUGAACUCACCUACAAGGUACUGGCUAGAUGGCAGGAUGCCCAACCGCCACCGCCAUCUGAGGUCCUUGCCGCUCUGGAUCUUGUCAGGGUUCUAGCUGACAAGCCACCGAAUGCUCUGGCCACUUACAUUCAGAGAACUGGGUUUGGUUUUACCCGGGACGAGGAGGCUUGCGUUUCCUACCUGCAGAAUCGCCCUCAACAAAUUCAACUGAGUGAGGAGCAGGUGUCGAUGGCCCUUAUCUAUGCCACGAUCAGUCAGACACCACACUCUCCGCCGAGUCCUACCAGCCUCAUUCCGAUGGCAGGACGUGGUAUCGUACUUUGA